AUGAAAACGAAGAAAAUUUUUCCUUCUAACACUCAAAUUUAAAACUCUGUUAUUUAAUACGAAUAAGACAAUACUACUGUUCUCAGAAUGCCAUAAUCUGCAUUUUCUAAACCACAACUCUCUCUAGUUCCAAGUGAAGCCUGUCAAAAUUACUACUAAAUUAUCGAAAAAAAUAAAUUAUAAUAUCUUGAAUACUACAGCCAAUUUAAUGAAAUGAGAUUUAUGGAAAACAUGGCAGGAUUAAAAUCGAAAUACGAAAAAUAAGCCCUUUUAGAAAAUUUUCUCAAUAUGUUUGAAGAUAUGAUAUCUUGUCUCAUGGCAAUCUAAAAUACUUUACUUCUCAUAAACUUUGAUAACCCUGACUUUUCAUAAGUUUACAGUGUUCCUCCAAAUAUCAUGGUUGAUAUCCUAUUUAAAGACAUUAAAACAUUAGAAGGGUUACAUUUGGAGAUGCAAUACGCUUCGUCUCUUAGAUUUUUAGAAACAGUAUUAGAGGCUCUGGAAUUUAAUUCAUAGCUCUAUUACAAAAUCCAUCAAUUAGAUGUAAAAUAAUGGUCUCAAAAAUGUAAUAAUUAUCUCAAUAGUUUUACGACUGCUCAAUAAUAAAUUAAUAAUUCUUAACGCUCUUGUUGUUGUUUUAAAUGA